AUGACCUAACCGAAAUAUAUAACCCUACCAAAUUAACAUCUUCAAUUUUUUCUCUCUCUCAAAAAAAUCCCAAAAGAAUAUCAAAGAGUUUGUCUUUUACAUUUCCCUCUUCCUUUUUUGAAAAAAAAAAACCCAGUUUCGAUUCUCUAAAGGUGCCAGUUGGGAGGCCAUUUUCCAUCUGAUGUGACUCCGGAGAAGAUGGAAGAAAAACAUAAGCAAGUGGAUGAUGUAGAAAUUGUUUCUAGUGAUUCCUUUAUUGUUGAUUCAGAUGAUGAUGAUGAUGAACCGUCUACUUCUGGACAGGAUAAUGGGAUGCAUCUCGAGGAACCUUUGACCGAGCAAGAAGUAGAAGAGCUAGUUGCUGAGUUGCUGGAAGUUGAGAGCAAGGCUGCAGAGGCUCAAGAAGCACUUGAAAAGGAGUCUCUUUCCAAAGUGGAGAGUGAAGUGAGAGAGGAGUUGGGACAGUCUCUUCAUGGUGAUGAUCUGGAGGCAGCUGUUGAAGAUGAGAUGACUGCUUUCAAGGAGGAGUGGGAAACUGUGCUUGAUGAACUAGAGACUGAAAGUGCUCAUUUGUUGGAACAACUUGAUGGAGCUGGUAUUGAACUCCCAAGCUUGUACAAGUGGAUUGAAAGACAGGCCCCGAAUGGCUGCCAGACUGAAGCUUGGAAAAGCAGGGCACAUUGGGUAGGAUCUCAAGUGACCAGUGAAAUCACAGAGGCAGUAGCUGAUGCUGAGAAGUAUCUUCAAAGCCACAGGCCUGUGAGAAGACGGCAUGGCAAAUUAUUGGAGGAAGGUGCUAGUGGAUUUUUGGAUAAAAAACUUUCUAUUGAUGGAACCAAGGAUAAUGUGGCAGAGAAUGGAGAUAUAGAUUGGGAUUCUCUCAACAAACUAUUCUCAAGUGGUUCGUGUAAAGAUGUUGCUUCAUUUGGUAGCAAGCAUUGGGCUUCUGUCUACUUGGCCAACACUCCCCAAGAAGCGGCAGAGAUGGGGCUCAAGUUUCCUGGAGUCGAUGAGGUCGAAGAGAUUGAAGACAUUGAUGGCUGUUCAAAUGACCCAUUCAUUGCUGUUGCCAUUGCAAAUGAAAAGGAACUAAUUCUUUCUGAGGAACAGAGGAAAAAUUAUAUAAAGGUCAAAGAGGAAGAUGAUGCUAUAAUUGAUCGGAAACUUCAACUUCAUUUGAAACAAAGGAGACGGCGAAAGAGAUCUAAACAGGUAUUGGAAGGUAAGGCAGAUGAUCUGCUGCCUCUAUGUGACAUUUCUAAUGGGAAAACUCUUGAACACGGGGAGGAUGUGCCUAAUAACUCUAGUGAGUUUGCAUGUGAGAGUAUGAAGAGUGAUGUGUCUGGAAGUUUUAAGAACUUGGUUACAGAACCACCAAUGAGUAAUGGCAAUUCUGGGGUAUCUGAAUCUGCAUUGCCUGAGGACAGUGAAUCCAGGAAGUCUAAACGUCCAAAUGAAAGUGGGGAGCCAACUAAUGAUGCUAAGAAGAUUCGAACAGUUAUCAUAGACAGUGAUGAUGAAGCUGAUGGGAUAAAUGAGUCAGUUUCCAGUGCCAAUAGAGUGGUGGUUGAAUCAACUUUGCAAGAAAACAUUGGGGAAUCUGGUGCUGAUGGUCAUCUUUCACAGUGUGUGAAUGAGGAGUUUCACUGUACUGUCUGUCAUAAGAUUUGUUUUGAAGUGCAUUCACAUCCACUUUUAAAAGUCAUUAUUUGCAAGGAUUGCAAAUGCUCAAUUGAGAAGAAGAUGCAUGUAAAGGAUCCUGAAUGUUCUGAAUGCUACUGUGCAUGGUGUGGAAGAAGCAAUGACUUAGUAAGUUGCAAGUCAUGUAAAACAUUGUUCUGUACCACUUGUGUGAAGAGGAAUAUUGGUGAAGAAUGCUUGUCUGAGGCACAAAGUUCUGGGUGGCAAUGUUGUUGUUGCUCUCCUAAUCAGCUACAAAGAUUGACAUUAGAAUUGGAGAAAGCCAUGGGAUCUGAAGAUCUAAUGGAUACAAGCUCUGAUAGUGAGUCAGAGAACUCAGAUGCAGAUAUCCAUGUUGCAAUUAGCAAGAAGAGAAAGAAGAACAAGAAGAAAAAGAAAAUUCGGAGGAUCCUUGAUGAUGCUGAAUUAGGAGAAGAGACCCAAAGGAAAAUUGCAAUUGAAAAGGAACGUCAAGAACGUCUGAAGUCCUUGAAAGUGCAGUUUACUGACAAAUCUAAGAUGAUGAAUACUGCAAGCUGCAAUGGGAACUUACCUGAAGGUGCUAGUUUUGAAGUACUUGGUGAUGCUGCAACAGGUUACAUUGUGAAUGUUGUGAGGGAAAAAGGUGAAGAGGCUGUGAGGAUUCCUCCAAGCAUUUCAGCUAAAUUGAAAGCCCAUCAGGUGGCAGGGAUAAGAUUUAUGUGGGAGAAUAUUGUUCAGUCGAUUGGGAAAGUGAAAUCUGGAGAUAGAGGUCUUGGUUGUAUUUUAGCUCAUACAAUGGGCUUGGGUAAAACUUUUCAGGUUAUAGCUUUCCUGUACACUGCUAUGAGAAGUAUUGAUUUGGGAUUAAGAACUGCACUUAUUGUUACUCCUGUGAAUGUUCUUCAUAAUUGGCGGCAGGAGUUCAUGAAGUGGAGGCCUUCGGAAACAAAGCCUCUCCGUGUUUUCAUGCUGGAAGAUGUGUCAAGGGAUAGAAGAGCAGAAUUGCUUGCAAAAUGGAGAGCUAAGGGUGGUGUUUUUCUAAUUGGUUACACUGCUUUUCGAAAUUUAUCUCUUGGAAAGAAUGUCAAGGAUCGAAACAUGGCUAGAGAGAUUUGUUAUGCUUUGCAGGAUGGACCUGAUAUACUUGUUUGUGAUGAAGCCCAUAUUAUUAAGAAUACCAGGGCAGAUACAACCCAGGCAUUGAAACAAGUGAAAUGCCAGAGGAGGAUUGCAUUAACUGGAUCACCUCUUCAGAACAAUCUAAUGGAGUAUUAUUGUAUGGUUGAUUUUGUAAGAGAAGGUUUUCUCGGCAGCAGCCAUGAGUUUAGGAACCGCUUCCAAAAUCCUAUAGAGAAUGGGCAGCAUACUAAUUCAACUGCCAAUGAUGUGAAAAUUAUGAACCAAAGGUCUCAUAUCCUUUAUGAACAAUUAAAAGGAUUUGUACAAAGAAUGGACAUGAGUGUGGUGAAGAAAGACCUGCCACCUAAAACUGUCUUUGUGAUAGCAGUAAAGCUCUCUCCAUUGCAGAGGAAGUUAUACAAGAAGUUUCUUGAUGUGCAUGGAUUCACAAAGGAUAUAGUCUCCAGUGAAAAGAUAAGGAAGAGCUUUUUUGCUGGGUACCAGGCAUUAGCUCAGAUAUGGAACCAUCCUGGGAUUUUACAAUUGAGGAAAGAUAGAGAUUAUGUCACUCGUGAGGAAACUGUUGAUAAUUUUAUUGCGGAUGAAAGUUCUAGUGAUGAAAACCUAGAUUGUAACACUAUUAUUGGAGAGAAGCCAAGGAAUGCAAAUGAUUUUGUGCAACGGAAAAGUGACAAUGGGUUCUUUCAAAAGGGUUGGUGGAAUGAUCUUCUUCAAGAAAAUAAUUAUAAAGAGCUUGAUUAUAGUGGGAAAAUGGUAUUGCUGCUUGACAUAUUAACUGCGUCUUCCCAUGUGGGUGACAAGGCAUUAGUUUUUAGCCAGAGUAUACCCACUUUAGAUCUCAUCGAACUUUAUCUUUCAAGAUUGUCUCGGCAUGGAAAAAAGGGAAAGUUAUGGAGAAAAGGCAAAGAUUGGUACAGACUAGAUGGAAGAACAGAGAGUUCUGAAAGACAAAGAUUGGUUGAGAAGUUUAAUGAUCCUGAGAAUAAGAGAGUCAAAUGCACUCUUAUUUCAACAAGAGCUGGAUCUCUAGGGAUUAAUCUACAUGCUGCUAACCGUGUAGUUAUUGUUGAUGGUUCAUGGAAUCCAACCUAUGAUCUUCAAGCAAUUUUUCGGGCUUGGAGGUAUGGCCAGACAAAGCCGGUGUUUGCUUAUAGAUUGAUGGCACAUGGAACUAUGGAAGAAAAAAUCUACAAGCGUCAGGUGACAAAGGAGGGGCUUGCUGCAAGGGUGGUUGAUAGACAACAAGUACAUAGAACUAUUUCUAGAGAAGAAAUGCUGCAUCUCUUUGAUUUUGGUGAUGAGGAGAACUCUGACCCUCUAGCUGAGGUUGGCGAAGAGGAUAAACAAGUGGAUGACCAGAAUAUGAGCUACAAAGUGGGUAGUUCAUUGAAGCAUAAGCCGCCCCUUUCUCAUGUCAGCUGCUCUUCGGACAAGUUGAUGGAGAGCUUACUUGGCAAGCACCAUCCAAGGUGGAUUGCCAAUUAUCACGAGCAUGAGACCCUUUUGCAAGAGAAUGAAGAGGAAAAACUGACAAAGGAGGAGCAAGACAUGGCAUGGGAAGUAUAUAGGAGAUCAUUGGAAUGGGAAGAAGUGCAACGAGUUUCUCUUGACGAAUCCACAUUCGAGCGAAAGCCACCCAUAUCGAAUGCUGUUCCUUCUGCACCAAAUACAAACAGCAAGGGCCCUCCGGUACGGGAGACUUCCAGUUCCAAUGUUGCACCUUCCAAAGGCAUUUUAAGGUGUCGGAUGGUCCAGCGAAAAUGCACUAAUCUUUCACACUUGCUGACCCUUAGAAGUCAGGGCACUAAAGUUGGCUGCACUACUGUUUGUGGGGAAUGCGCCCAGGAGAUAAGCUGGGAGGAUCUUAACAAGGACAGCAGAACAGCACGGUGAAGAACAUCGUCAUCCGUUUUUGUUCAUAGAUGCUAUUUCUAAUAAUGUUAUUUUAUUGUGAUUGUAAAGGGCAGCAGCUGUAGUUCCAUUUCAUUCAUUUUGGUAGGUAUUGGCAGCCAUACUGCUGCCUAAUCACUGUCAUCUUUUCUUUUUGUUUUUUGUUUUUUCUUAAUAGUUCUUGAUGGUAAGCAAUUGAGGGAAUUUUUUGGUGGGUGGUGGUUGAUUGUAAAUUAAUAUGAGAGGGAAUUAGGCCUGCCUGUGUAAAUUUGAGGUCAUUAUUUCUUCCUAACAUGUAAUUGUAAUGAAUUCCAUAUCUCAUUUCUUAUGAGUAGGAUUUUAUGCUAAUACACACCUUUGUUACCAACCCUAUUA